AUAGAAUAAAAACUGUAAUGUGAAACGGUUGUCUAGAAUGCUUAAAUGAACGAGUUAUUCAUAAUAAACCUACCCAAACAAGAUGGCGAAUAACUUGUCGCCAGAGGGAAAUCAAGAAACAAAUUUAUUUUGUCAUGUAAAGACAACAUAAAUUUCACGUGUAAGGAGUGGUUACCCAAUGACAAAUGCAUGUUUAACUUAAAAGAUACAACUGACUGAUAAGCGGACCAACUUUUAGAUACAAGGUCAUCGCCAUGUCCAGGCAAUACACACAAGAUGUCUUGUGCUGGCAACACUGUGACAAACUCACCAACAUCCUGUGUUUUGCUGUCCCCUCUGUGUGUCCCCUUUGUCAUUAUAACACUGCCCACUCCCCCAGUCGUAUACCCCCUUACAAGCUCCCCUCCCCCCUCAACAGAGCAGGGGACUUUCCAGUGUCAUUGGUUGUUAAACCAACUUUAGGCACUUUUAUAAGGGAUUAUGAUAAUUCUGUUAACCUUCAUAUAGGAGUAACAGAUACAAAUGGAACCGUGUAUGAUUAUGAUGAGGGUGGUGUACAUGUGGGGAUGUCUGGUUGGGAGGAGUGUCUAGUGAUCCCCCUGUCUAACCGAGGCCUCAACCCACACAUCUACCAGGUGUGGGAUGCCACACUCCAACAUCAAGCCCAGUCUAACAUAUGGACAAAAUCCAAAUACAUUGAGGACAGUCACAACUGCUUUGACUUUGUUAUAUACUUUUUAAAACAAGUAGGAUUCAGCAGAGAGAAUCUGUCUGCCGAGAGCAGAAGUUCAUUAACCCAUGACAUUAUACUUCCCCAGAUGUCAAAGGUCACACAGUUCAUUACAUUGUACAGGAACGUGGAGAGGAACUCAUUUGUGUGUCAAGAUGUCCAGACCAAACAUCUCACCAAAUAGGAUGUACUCAUGUAUACCUCAUUUUAUUGUAUAGAUACUAUGAUGCAAAGAAUAGUAUAUUUGGGUAUAGCCUCUUUGAUACAAGGAAUAUUAUAUUUUGGUUGUGGAUUUAAGUACCGAAAGACGCAAAUCUUAAUGUUCAUUUAGUAUUAUUGGGAUUAUCAAGGUUGCAUUGACUGAAGACAUUUAUGGAUCUUGCAUGGUGACUCAUAUAUGACAUGCAUGGUGGCUCAAUUUGUAGAGUACGAAUGCAAACUUAAUAUAGAACGAGGCAGAUUCAAAGUUAACAGCAUUAUCUCGUAAAUGCAGCUGUGCCUGGGUGAAUUUCAAAUAGGAAAAACUGUUUUGCAAUGAAAUAGUGUGAAAAGGGCAAAAAUUAGAUGGAAUGAAAAUAAUCCUUAUGCAGUAUUUCAUAUAUUGGGAACUCUUCAAUUCUAAAAUGAAAGGAAGAUUCCAAAACAUACUAAUUUUAUGGGUAAUAGUAUCAACAUUUCUGUUUGAAUUUGUCUGAAUUACUCACCUCUCUGAAGAUGAGGGAGAGCAGCAAUUGUUUUUAUAUUAAAUUUAUGAUGUGUUUAUUUCUGUGAUAUUUUGAAAUAACUUACAAGUUGUUGACUUGUUUUAACAUGUAAUAAAAUUUGUGCAAUAAUCAUGAUAAUGCUUCAAUGUACUUGGAACUAGUGGUUUUGAUUAAUGGAAAUAUUGAAAUUACUGCUUAAAGUGUUUAUAAAAAGAAUUUUUAGUGAGUAAACAUUUCAUUUGCUGGUUCUUUUAUGUAAAGAAAUAUUGAUCAAACAUUUGAAACAAAUGGGUUAAAAUGUAAUACUUGCUAUUGUUUUGAAGGAAAUCAGAUCUUCUUCAAGCAUGCCUUUUAUAUGCUUUAUGAAUGCUUGAAUAAAAAAUAAAUUGUU